UUUAAGAUGGCAGGGAGAGGCAGGCUGGUGUCCUGUUUAUGUUUUGGUCUGUUUGGUGUCCUUUGCUGGGUGUGGGUCUCCUUUGCGUCAUUCCCUGAUGAGCAUCACUAUGAUGCAGUGGACCAAGGACUUUUUAAACCCCAAAGUGCUCUCGCUGACAUGGAGUUUGCCCCAAUGAGUUCUUACCGUGGACCUGGCAACCAAGAUGAGCGAAGUAACAAGGAGCUGCCUAUUAUCCUGUGGUGGAGCGGAGGCUUAUUCCCACAUUUUCCUGGGGAUACUGAACGAAUUGACUGUGCCACCUCGUCCUGUCUGGCUACAAGUAAUCGCAAGGUUCAGCUGUACAAAAGGACCUCAUCCAUCAUCUUCUACGGGACAGACUUUCGAGCCUACGAAGCACCGCUCCCUCGUCUGCCCCACCAGACGUGGGCUCUGUUCCACGAAGAGUCCCCCAUGAAUAACUACCUCCUCUCACACAGCCCUGGCAUCAGGCUGUUCAAUUACACCGCCACGUUUCGUCGAGAGUCCGACUACCCUUUAACCCUGCAGUGGCUCCCAUCUCUGAGCUACCUGUUGGAGCCAACGGCGGUAUCUCUGAAGGAGAAGAACCAGCUGAGGAGGGAAGGCUUGGCCCCUGUACUCUACAUGCAAUCUCACUGCGACGUGCCUUCUGAUAGAGACCGAUACAUACGAGAGCUCAUGAAGUACAUCCAGGUGGAUUCUUACGGUAAAUGUCUGAACAACAAAGCUCUGCCUGCUCAUCUAGAAGACACGUCCACCGCCACAGGUGAAGAGGCCUCCUUCAUGACGUUUGUCAGCCGCUACAAGUUCCACCUGGCACUGGAGAAUGGCCUGUGCCCAGACUACAUGACUGAGAAGCUGUGGCGGCCCCUCCACCAGGGCUGCGUUCCCAUUUACCGGGGCUCUCCCGUUGCGGCGGACUGGAUGCCCAACAACCACUCUGUCAUUUUCAUCGACGACUUCCCUUCACCUAAAGCACUCGCCGACUUCCUUAAGUUUCUAGAUGAAAACGACAACGAAUAUGCCAAAUAUUUGGAGUUCAAAAACAUUCACAGCGUUACCAACGCUCGUUUGCUGGAGGCUCUGGAGACCCGCGAAUGGGGGGUUAACGACAUGAGCAAACCCAACUACUUAAAUGGAUUUGAGUGCUAUGUGUGCGACCGGGAGAACGCCAGGCAUGCUGCAGAGCGAGCCAAUAGAAAAGCUCCUGAGACCAACCCGCCUCCAAAAGCAAAGAUGGCUUCCAGCGCUCAUAUGGGAUGCCCUCUGCCCAGCCCGAGCUAUGGAGAAGUCCAAGACCUGCCGGAACAUGAUGGAUGGUUGCAAAUGUGGCCUCAGGACUACUGGCAUAGCCUGGACCAAGCGGAAGGGCUGGAGUCCCUGAUAAGAACUAACGAAUCGGAUCCGGCACUGUUGUGGAAGCACAUCCAAAGAAUCGCUGUGAGCCGAGCCAGAGGCAAACACUGA